GACAUGGAUCUGAUCAGAACCAUCCAUGAUGAUGAAGAGGUUCCAGAGGAGCCGGAGUCUGAGGAGGAUGAGCAGGAGCAGCCAAUUGUGCUCGGGAAGAAGAAGCAAGAUAAAGGAAAACGCAGCGAGGACUUCAACGCAGAAUUUGUGUUCACAGAACGGGAUGCGCAGGGCGAUGACAGUUGGGUGAUGGAUGAUGUUCUAAAGCAGCUUAAAAAGAGAUCUGUCACCAGCCUGGAUGAGAAGAUCGAGUCAGUGAGGAAGAAGAGGAAGAACCAGGAUAAAGCCGAGAAAACCACCCAACAGUCAGAGAAGGAGGACGAUGUAAAGAGUGAGGAGGAGGAGGAGGACGAGAACAAGGAGAGUGAGGAGGAAUUCUCAUCAGGGGAGGAAAUUGUCCUAACUAAAGCCGAUACAUUGAGAGUUAAAGAAAAAAAGAAGAAAAAGGGAACUGGGAAAUCCGACUUUUUUGAAGAUGCUUCUCAGUUUGACGUGAACUUGACUUUCCAGGACAUGAAUCUGUCUCGACCACUACUAAAGGCAAUUUCUGCUCUCAACUUCACACAGCCCACUCCUAUUCAAAAGGCCUGCAUCCCUGUGGGAUUGUUGGGAAGAGACAUGUGUGCCUGUGCUGCUACUGGGACUGGUAAAACGGCUGCAUUCAUGCUUCCAGUUCUGGAGCGUCUCAUCUACAAGCCGCGGGAAGCUCCAGUCACCAGGGUCCUGGCUCUGGUCCCAACACGUGAGCUCGGCAUUCAGGUGCAUACAGUCACCAGACAGCUGGCCCAGUUCACAGAGAUUACCUGCUGCUUAACCGUGGGUGGUCUGGAUGUGAAGUCACAGGAAGCAGCCUUACGAGCUGGCCCUGAUAUUCUGAUUGCCACCCCUGGAAGGCUUAUUGACCAUCUGCACAACUGCCCCUCAUUCAGCCUUGAUGCCAUUGAGGUGCUGAUCUUGGAUGAAGCCGAUAGGAUGCUGGAUGAGUACUUUGAAGAACAGAUGAAGGAGAUCAUUAGACUUUGUUCCCACCAGCGGCAGACACUGCUCUUCUCUGCAACUAUGUCCGAAGAGGUUCAAGACUUGGCUGCUGUGUCUCUCCGCAAUCCAGUGCGUGUCUUUGUAAAUAGUAACACAGACGUGGCCCCAUUCCUGCGCCAAGAAUUUGUGAGGAUCCGACCAAACCGUGAAGGAGAUCGGGAAGCAAUUGUGUGCGCUCUCCUGACCCGCACCUUCCAGGACCAUGUCAUGCUCUUUAUACAGACCAAGAAAGAAGCACACCGAAUGCACAUCCUAUUGGGGCUGAUGGGUCUAAAAGUUGGUGAACUUCAUGGAAAUCUUUCACAAACGCAACGUCUGGAGGCCCUCAGACGAUUUAAAGAUGAGCAGAUCGAUAUUCUGGUGGCUACAGAUGUGGCAGCUCGAGGGUUGGAUAUUCAUGGAGUUAAAACGGUGAUUAAUCUAACUAUGCCCGCCACAAUGAAGCACUACGUUCACAGGGUUGGCCGUACAGCCCGCGCUGGCAAAGCUGGCCGAUCCGUGUCUCUGGUUGGCGAAGAAGAAAGGAAAAUACUGAAGGACAUUGUUAAGAAAGCACAGGCUGCUGUGAAGGCCAGAGUCCUUCCACAAGAUGUCAUCUCCAAGUUUCGGGAAAAGAUAAAAAACAUGGAAAAGGAGAUCUAUGCUGUACUACAGCUGGAAAAAGAGGAGAAGGAGAUGCAGAAAUCUGAGGCUCAGAUCAGUACAGCUCAAAAGAGACUGCAAGAAGGAAGUGAACCUCAAGGUCUAGAGAGAAGCUGGUUCCAGACCCGGGAAGAGAGAAAGAAAGAAAAGUUAUCCCAUGCCCUUCAGGAGUUUGAUUUGGCACUGAGAGGGAAAAAAAAUAGGAACAAAUUCGUGGCAGACGCUAAAAAGAAAGAGAUGACGGCUGAAGAACGCUCUCAGUUUGAGAUCUUGAAGGCUCAGAUGUAUGCAGAGCGUGUAGCUAAGAGGGACCGCAAACCCAAAAGAGCCCGGGCAAUGCCUGAAGAUGAAGAAGCCGCAGCCAAACCGUCAAAGAAGCAGAAGAAACACACAGUGUUUGACGAGGAGCUAACAAACACGAGCCGCAAAGCCCUGAAAAAAUACAGAGCCGGCCCAUCUUUUGAGGACAGAAAACGGCUGGGAAUUCAGCAGCACAAGAAAGGAAACUUUAAAUCUAAAUCACGUUAUCGCAGAAAGUGAGGUCUCGUUCCUGAUUUCUUCAAGACAUU